AGGACCAACCCUCGCGCUUCGUCGACGGUUGCGUCGGGGACCCGCCCUCACGCGGCGGACGUCCGAAAGGUGCCCGCCGCGGCGCCGCGCGCGCCAGCGGCAGAGGCGGCAGCCGCCCUCCCCCGGCGGCAGCCCCCGGCGUGGGCGGAGGCGCCCGCGGCGCAGGGCGCGGUCCACGGCAGCCCAGCGGAGGCGGGCGGGCGGAGUUCCGAGGCCGCGGGCGCCGGGCCGGCGAGCGCCGCGGCCACGGCCACGGCCAAGGCUUCCUCCUCGGGAGCCAUGGUCGGCGCCCUGAUCGCGUGCUCCGGCGGGGCGCUCACCGCCACGGGCGCGAACGUCCUGUCGUGGUCCUCCCACAGGCAGCGGACCGAGGGCCGGGAGUUCACCCGGAUGCAGCUCCUCGGCCUGAACCUUGUUUGCCUGAUAUUGAACGUGGCAGGUUCGGUGAUGUUUGCGGCCUCCGUCGCGAUAGGCGGCGCCGUGGCCACGGUCAUGCCGCUGCAGACGGGCGCGAAUCUGCUCGCCAACAUGUUCUGGCAGGUCUACCUCGACCUGAAGCACUUCACCAAGUCCAUGCGGGUGGGCACGCUGAUCUUGGUGUGCGCGGUGGCCGAGCUCGUCGACAUCGGUCCCCAGGAACCGGACCAGCAGGUCGACGUGUCUGAGCUGUUGGCUCAGCCGCUGGCCAGGGCCUGGAUCGCCGUAUUGGCGAUCUGCACCGUCAUCUCGUUCGUCGCCUGCUAUCUGACCAAGGGCCGCGAGGUGCGCUCUCUCGCGAAACUCGGCAGCUUUGCCAUGGCGGUCUCCAUUCUGACCGUGCUCGGCGCCUCCGUUGCAAAGACGUUCGGUCUGCUUAAUGGCUUCCCGUUGAUGGUGGCGGAGGGCUCUUGGUUUUGCUUAGGGGUCGUCAUGAUGGGUCUGACCCUGCUGGCGAACGCGGGUACGGAUGUGUCCAUGUACAUCCCCGCCCAGCUUUCGUCGCAGCUACUGAUCAACAUGGUGACUGGCUUCUGCGUUUGGCGCGAUGCCGAGUACAUCAGCUCACCACGAGCAUACUUGCUUGUUUACGUGAUCUGCAUCAUGGCGGUGUACCUGAUCAGUAACGAGCUGGACAUUGCCGGCCAGGCGUCGCGCGCCUACUGGAUCCGGCAGUCGAAGCUCUCCGAGGCCGUGGCGCCCUCGGCCUUCGGGCGGUCAGUGCUGGCUCUGCUGAGGUCGUGGCAGCCGAGCGACGGCGAGGCUGGCGCGGGCGGCGCGGCAUUGGCGAAGGACCGCUGCGCGGCCGCGGGGGAGGUCCUGCAGCAGGGGCUUGAGAACGGGAUGAUCACGGACAAGGAAAUGGCCGCCCUGGCCCACGGGCUGCUCCAGGAGCAGGGCUGCGCGCCCACCGCGCUGCUGGUGGCCUGGAUCGAAAGGGCGCAGCACUUCCAGGCGUACUGCGAGCAUGACCCCUCCUUCAAGGAUCACUUCCGGAGCACGCUCAGCGCGCCAGAGUGGGAGAAGCUGCAGGCACUCUCUGGCGAGGGGCAGCAGGGGCCCCUGCUGCAGUCGUGCGGGUCGUCGCUGGCGGGGUCCUCCAUCUCGCGCGGCGUCUCAGCCCAGGGCCCCCUGCUGGCGACGUCGUGCUAGACGAGCGUGUGCACGGCCGCCUUGAGUUCACGGGUCUUAGGCGUAGUUGUUCUUGCUGUUCCCCAUCGCUUUGCCCAGUCAUGUUUCGUCAUUUCUUCCCCCAUGCCCUUCUUUCCUUUUUUGUCCGCC